AUGUCUAUUUCAGGGAGGCAAUCGAGAAUAGAGACUAGCGGUAACCAACAGCAUGAGAUGGAUAACAAUCGGUUUCCGGAUACCAAGAAAUUUGAAGAUCUGCAUGAGAGUAAGCAGAGACUCGAUACAACUGUCCCUUUUCAAAAAGAAAAUUAUGAUGACUCUGGACCUGUUGAUAAAUCACAUUUUGAGGGUACCGUCCCAGGCGAUAGGAUUAUUGUUUUUUUUGACGGAGAGAAUGACCCUAUGUGCCCAAGAAGCAUUACAUUGAUGAAUGCCGAGUUCGGAAUAUCUUCUAUCGUCGCGACACUGGGGCUUUCUAUGUUCGUCCUGGGAAUUGCUUUCGGUCCAUUGUUAACCAGCCCCCUUAGUGAGUGGUACGGAAGAAGAGCCAUCUACAUCAUUUCCUGGUCCCUAUUUCUGAUUUGGACAAUUGGAACUGCCGUUGCAAAAAAAUUUCAAACUGUGCUGAUCACACGUUUCUUCACUGGCUUUUUUGGUGGCACUUUCCUGUCGGUUUCCGGCGGCACCGCGGGAGACAUUUUCCCUCGCGAUCAGAUUCAAAUACCAAUGGCGCUUGUUUCAGCUGCACCAUUUACUGGACCCUGUUUUGGACCCUUGAUUGGAGGCUUCAUCAAUUACCAUGCGAAUUGGAGAUGGACAUACUACGUCAUACUCAUUUGGGCUGGAGUGCUCCUAGUACCAAUUCUUUUCCUGGUUCCCGAGACCUAUCACCCGAUACAGCUCAAGGCUAAAGCAAAAAUGCUUCGCAAGAAAACCGGCAAUGAAAACUAUGUGGCACCCAGUGAGCAAACUCAGGUCGCAAAGACCCGGUUGUUGGGACUUUCGCUGUUGAGACCUGUGCAAUUUCUCACUUUGGAGCCCAUGUGUCUUGCACUGGACAUUUAUUCAGCCGUGCUGUUAGGAAUGCUCUAUCUGUUUUUUGAGGCAUUCCCACUCCUUUUUGAAAGAACUUAUACUUUCAACCUUUGGCAGCCCAGGAUAGAAGACAGCAGACCCCCAGAAUAUCGCCUAAUACCAGCAAUACCAGGUGCUAUUAUGAUCCCAACUGGUCUGCUGUGGUUUGGCUGGAGCAUGUCACCAGAAGUGCAUUGGAUGGUUCCUGUUAUUGGUUCUGCCCUCUAUGGGUGCGGGUGCGUACUGAAAUUGUGGUAG